AUGGCUAUCACAACUAGAAGUGGUAAAGUGGUAGCAGCUCCAGGAAAGCCAAACACAAAUAUGGAAGCUGAUGAGAAGAUUAAGGAGGUUAAGGAGCCAGAAAAAGAAGUGGUAAUUCCUUCUGAUGUGGAGAAACAUGUUCAGAAAGUUGAAGAAGAAGAGCCACCUAUAGUUGCUGAAAAAAAGAAAUUUGAGUUGAAUCCUGAAUAUGAAUGCCAGACAACAACACUCACUGAGGAGUGUAGUGCCAUAAUACAGAAGAAGUUUCCACCCAAGCUUAGUGAUCUAAGGAGCUUCAAUAUUCAAAUUGCUAUUGGUAAUACUGAUGUCGGCAGAGCAUUGUGUGAUCUUGGGGCAAGUAUUAAUCUGAUGUCGUUAUCUGUUUGUAAAUCUCUGGGAAUUACUGAAUUAAAACCCACCAUAGUUUCUCUUCAACUUACUGAUAGAUCUUUGAGGAGACCGAGUGGAAUUAUUGAAGAUGUUCUUGUUAAAGUGGAUAAGUACAUCUUCCCAGCAGAUUUUGCGGUGUUGGAUAUGGAAGAGGGUACUGAAAUGCCUCUGUUAUUGGGUAGACCUUUCUUGGCUACUGUUCGAGCCAUGAUUGAUGUUGAAAAUGGCAAGCUUGAGUUGAGGAUGAAUGAUGAGACUAUCACCAACAACGUCUUUGACUCCAUGAAACAAUCUUCUGACAAAGGCGACUAUUUUAGACUUGAUAUUCUAGAGCAGGUGGUGGAAGAAGAAAUAUCUUCUAGUCAAAAGUCUGAAGAAGAACUUGGAGUGCAUGAAAUGGUUCCUUUUAAGGAAGAAAAUCAUGAGGUAUUUGAAGUUCUUGAGAAGAAAGAUUCUGACAAGGAAGAUGGUGCCCCAAAGGUGGAGUUGAAGGAGCUUAUGGAAACUCUUAAAUACAUCUUCUUGGGUGAAGAGGAGACUUACCCUGUUAUUAUUAACAAGGGAUCGUCUUUUGAGUAA